AUGUCUGAACCAACCACCGACGCGAUCCCCACGUCCUCCGACCCGCGCAGCAAGCGCCCCCUCAAGAAAGCCCGGCAGCUCCCGCCCUCGGCCUCGGCCUCGGCCACCGCCGCAGUCGCAAUCGAGAACCUCAUGGCCGACCCGGACAUCCCCCUCGCGCUCCCAGACGCCUCCAAGCCCAAGACGGCCGGCGGUCUUGCGCCGCCGCCGGAGAUCGUGACCAACGUGCAGGGCAGCAGUGCGGGCGCCGGGUCCGGCGAGUUUCACGUCUACAAGGCCAGUCGGCGGAGGGAGUAUGAGCGCUUGAGGCUGAUGGAUGAGGAGGCCAAGAAGGAGGAUGAGGAUGCGAGGUGGGAACGGGAGGAGAGGGAGAGGAGAUUGAGAGAUGAGGAGGCGACGAGGAGGAAGAGGGAGAAGAGGAAUAAGCGGAAGAAGGGGAAGGGCGGGAAGGAGGACGGGAAGGGGAAGGAUGGUGAUGGAGAUGUGCAGGUCAGAGACGCGGGUGAGAGCAAGAAGAGCCCCACCGUGCGGGAGGUUGAGCGAUCAAAGAAUGACGAGGAGGAGAACGAGGUUGGUGGCGCGGUGCAGGAGCACGAGAACGGCAUCACGAUUCACGAUGACGAUUGA